UCGGAGAGGGGGCGUGUCUCUCUCUUCCGCAGCAGACCUUCAUCACAGUAAACGCUGGAUGGAGCAGAUCCUCGGUCGCGCAAGCGCGCCCCCGGGCCCGGUUCUGCAGGUGUGUUUCCCGAGCGCGCGCGCCGCGGUUCUGGAGAACCUGAACCGGCAGCGCGAGGAGGGUCAGCUGUGUGACCUGUCCAUACAGGUGCAGGGUCACGUGUUCCGCGCGCACAGGUGUGUGUUGGCCGCAUCCUCCCCGUACUUCCAUGACCAGGUUCUGCUGAAGAACGUCACCACGGUGUCUCUUCCCUCGGUCAUGGACCCGCUGGCCUUCGAGAGCGUCCUGAACUCCGCCUACACCGGGCAGCUCAGCAUCGUGCGCGACGACAUCAUCAAUUACGUCACCGUGGCCAGCUUUCUCCAGAUGUGGCACAUCGUGGACAAGUGCACGGACAUCCUCAAGAGGUCACGACCCCUAGCGCAGGUCAGCCCGGGCGUGGCGAGCUCCUCGAGCCAUCAGUCGCCCAGCAGCUCCGACUGCUGCUUCCCCGACCCGUCGGACCCGCCGGGCGAACACGCCGCGGAGAAACGUGCGCUCCCGCCUCUGGCCACAUGGAGGCGCCCUCAGCAGAGCCGGUGGAGCCGAAGCAGCCUAACGUUUCCUCUACGGACCGAGCCCGAGUGUGGGCCGGAUCCGCACCCGCCUCUUCCAUCCAUCGAAACGGAUUUCGCCGCGAGACACCGAAUCCGCGUUCGGCUCCGAGGAGCGAAAGAGGAGCAGCGGCGGGUGGAGGCAGAUGAAGGCGUCGGAGAGCCGGCGGAGGACGAGGAUAAACUGAGGAUGAAGAGCGAGGAGCGCCAGGCCGGAGUCGUGGAGUCGGACGGGCGUCUCGGAGAGAGCCUGUGGCAGAGCGAGUGGCCGUCGGUGGACGAAGACGACGAGGACGACGAAACGUUGGAUGCGAUUGCGAACGCGACGGUUUCCCAGAAUCCUCCCUGCUCUCCUCUCUCUGCGACGCCGAAAGUCCACUUCUGUCACUGCGGGAAAGCGUACACGCUGAAGAGCAUGCGCGACCGGCACGUGAAGAUGCAGCACCUGAACCUGCGCCCGUUCGCCUGCCCCGUCUGCGCCAAGAGCUUCAAGAUGAAGCACCACCUGACCAAACACGUGAAGACGCACGGCGGCCUGCGCCCGUACGAGUGCGCGCUCUGCGGGAAGAAGAUCGUGUGGCGGGACAGCUUCCUCAAGCAUCAGGCGCGCUGCCAGCAGACGUCGAGCGCGGCGAACUAUCAGCAGGAGCUCAGCGAUGCUGCCGGACCAGUGAAGGUGGAACACGACGAUUACUCGUUACUGGAAGAGGAAACGCUCGCGUAAAGGCAGAUUCCCCAAACUCGCUCUUAAAGGGACAGUGACGUCAUCAGUUACGCCAGACUUUCGUUCAUCUGCAGAACACCGAUGAAGAUCCUUGUCAAUGUUUUCAUCGUUCAUCAACGAUGGGUUUUCAUUGGCUGUCAAUGUUUUUAUCGUUCAUCCGCAAUGGAUUCGGAUUUUCUCUCAAUGUUUUUAUUGUUCAUCAUCAAUUAAAUAAUUAAUUCAUUCUGA